GACUGGCCACUGCCGCUCCCGUUCCCAUCGCGACGGGCCGUGCUGUGCCCCGGCUCAACGCCGCCGUAGCUCCCGGCCACCGCUCUCACUCCGGUCCCGCUGUUGGCUGCCGGCGCCAUGAGCGGGCUGGGGCCGCAGCGGGAGCUGGAAGAGGCCGCUGCCCUGGAGCGCCGGCGGCGGCGGGAGCUGCUGCGGCGGGGCCGCAUCUUCAACGCACGGAUCCGCACCAUAGGGAUUGAUAAAGAUGCAUUGGAUGCACAGGUCAAGGAGAGGAAAAUUCAAGAAGCAACUGAAAAAGCAGAACAUGAAAGAUUUGCUCAUGAUAUGAAGAAAAACGACAAGCUCAUGUGUCUGUUGGAAGAACGACAGAAAAAUGAAAUCAAAGACUUGAAUAGGGCUCUCGUUGAAUUUCAGAAGAAUUUUCAGAAACCAGAAACAAGACGUGAAUUUGACCUGAAUGAUCCACAAGCCCUAAAGAAAGACAGACCUGCUCGAGUUUCAGACGAUGAUCCUCGGUGUUCUAUAUCUGGCAUGCAGAAGUUUAUGGGUGAAGACUUAAACUAUGAUCAGAGGAUGAAGUUUCAGAAGGAGCAGUUAAGGGAGUGGUCUCUUCAGCAACAGAAAGACUGGAAAAAUGCAUUAGCUGACCAAAAAUUGGCAGAUGAUCUUUAUGACAAGUUCAGGGUUGAACUUGACCGAAAGAUUAUGGAGGAACAAAAAAAAGAAGAGGAAAGCAGGCGUGCAGUUUGUACAGCUACUAAAAAUUUCAAUAGAAUCCAGGCUGCUGAACUAGAUCAUAAAAAUGAAUUGGAAAAGGCUCAAAAAAUAAAAGAUGACAUGAAUGAAAUUACCUGCCUCCUUCGAGGAGACUUCCUUUCUGAAAACCCUGACCAAGCAAUCGGUCCCUGGGGUAAACAUAAUGUGCUUGUGGAUCGAUGGAAGGGAAUGACUCGGGAGCAGCGGUUGGCAAUUCGUGAAUUUCAAAAGGAGCAAGCUCUGGAGAAUCUGAGAGUAAGAGAGCAGGAACGCCAAAGAGAUGCUGAAUGGGACAGGCAGCGUCUACAGGCUGCAAGAGCCCAAUUGCUUUGGGAGCGGCACCAGCAGCGGCAGAAUCAGGAGCAGCGCAGAGGUUUAGAUGUCUUGAACGCAGCGCUCUCUCAGGAGCAAAAAGCAAGGAACAUUUAUCUUAAAGAGGAAGAAUAUUCAAAUAUUCCAACAGAUGAGUUUUAUGCACAGUUUAAUACCACCACCCGGUGACAAUCUGGAUUAAUCAACCUGAAUUAUACAGAAGUAUGUAGACACAUUAAAAUUUUCAGUUGAGCAAUUCCACAUUUUAUUGUUUUUAUCUGUUCCCUGCCAUGUUUAAACACUGCACUCAAACUAAAGGAUGGUCUGGUAGGCCAGAUCUGUUCUAAGAAAAGAAAAACAGUUGUAAUGAUUUUUAAACAUGAUUGUUGUUCUGAAAGAGCUAGUAGAUUAAGUAGUAGGUUGUUUGACUCUUGUGUCUCAGGCUUAGCUGUAAUAUUUACAUUAUUCAUUCCUAUAGGAAUCAAUUUCUGCAAAGAAAUGUGAAUUUUAACUGCAGCGCUACUUUAUGCAACUUGGCCAGAGGGGAAUGCUGCCUCACUUAGUGAUGCACUUCUCUGGGAGGGAAGAAAGGUGGCCUAGACAGAAAAUUUUGGGUUGCUUUGUUUGUGGUUUGUUUUUGGGUUUUUUGUUUUGGAUUUUCUUAAAGCAAAAAAACCCAGCCAGACACUAAGACAAGAAAAAAGGAAGAAGUAAUCAAGUUAGUCAGAAACAUUGCUUUUAUUUUGUGAACAGUGGGAGUAGGGAGAUAAGAGUUCAAUAGUCAUCAAGGUGUUUAGUGCACUGAGGCAUGGCACUUAACAAAAUGUGUGUUAGAGUUAGUCUGGAAAAGCAGGGGGGGAAAGUAUUCCUACAUACACCCCCACACUUUGGAAAUAACGGAGGAGGUUUCAGAUAAUGUGCAGCUGAAGGAGAGUGGGGACAAUUCACAGGUAUUAGGGAAGAGGGGUGAAAAAGCAAGUGUGCACCAAACAAAGUCAAGGAAAAAAUCUCAGCUUGUGCAGAGUAAUUCAGGGAACCCGUGUACUUCCUGUCUUCAUGGUGACAAUAUUGGCUUAGCAAUUAAAGUGCCAGUCA